AUGCUCCCGAACAGCGAGAAGGGCGGAGGGAUCCUGCCUUCCACCGCCGCACCCAAGGCCGAUGCGCCGCCACCGAACCCGCCUACGCGCCUCGAGCGCGUAAAAGCCAACUUGCGCGCACAGAGCAGGAACAAGUUCUGGCUCGCCGUGUUGGCAUACGCCGUCUUCCGCCUCUUCUACUACUCGUACACCGACGUGUUUAUUGGGUUCUACGCUUCCAAGGAGCCGUUGUGUCCUCAAGCGGACGUUGUCAUCCCCGAGCGGGCUUCUGAGCUAUGGAAGGCGUUGAACGACAAGAUAAGCACGCCCGACUUCAAGACAAGCGCGAUUGACUGGCUCGCAGGGGCCGUCCGUGUGCCGACUGAAUCUUUUGAUAACAUGGAUCCUGUCGGUGUCGAUCCUCGGUGGGACGCGUUCGGUCCUUUCCACGACUACCUUCUGGGCGCUUUCCCUCUCGUCCACAAAAAUCUCAAGCUGACCAAAGUCAACACCUACGGCCUCCACUACGAAUGGACGGGAACAGACGCGUCGCUCAAGCCGCUGCUCCUCGCAGCCCACCAGGACGUCGUCCCCGUCGAUCCAACCACUGUCGAUCAAUGGGUGCACCCACCGUACUCUGGUCACUUUGACGGCAGUCGAGUAUGGGGCAGGGGUAGCCUGGACGACAAGAGCGGUCUGAUUGGUAUCCUCUCUGCGGCAGAGACGCUGCUCGCAGCUGACUUCCAGCCAACAAGGACCGUCGUUCUUUCCUUUGGAUUUGACGAGGAGGCUGGCGGAUUCAAAGGCGCCGGGUCUCUUGCGCCGCACCUCGAGCGCGUCUACGGCGAGAACGGCUUUGCCAUGGUCGUUGACGAAGGAUCAGAAUUUUAUGAGCAGUUCGGGACUGUGAUUGCCACUCCUGGUAUUGCGGAGAAAGGGUUCAUCAACGUCCUGGUCGAAGUCACUGCCCCUGGUGGCCACUCGAGUGUGCCUCCAGCUCAUACGAGUAUCGGGAUUCUCUCUGCUCUCCUUGUGCAUUAUGAACAACACCCUUACAAAGUCAAGAUUGGAAGGAAAGAGCCCAUCUAUGAAACCCUCCGAUGCAUUGCCGAGCACGGAAAGUCGGUUCCAUCUAAAUUCCGCGAUACCAUCAAGAAGUCCGCCCAUUCUCCCAAAGCGCUUCAUGCUCUACAGUCUUAUGUUCGGGAGGACAUACUCCUCAGCAGCCUCGUCGGCACUACCCAAGCAAUCGACGUGAUCCAGGGUGGGGUCAAGUCCAAUGCCUUGCCCGAGAAAGCAUGGGCCAUCGUCAACCACCGCAUCGCUGUCACGAGCUCCGUCGACGAGAUCAAGGCACACGACACGGUUCUCCUCAAAUCUCUCGCCCACAAGUUCAACUUGUCCUACAGCGCUUUCGGCAGCCAGAUUUCAGAGGAAGGUGUCUCAGCCAAAGGCGCUCUCACAUUAGCGGACGCCUUCAAUGGAAGUCUUGAGCCAGCUCCGGUCACCCCAACGGGUAAGGACGCUGCUCCGUUCCAGCUCCUUUCUGGGACGAUCAAGGCCACGUAUAAUGCGCAUAGGUCCAUCAGCGAUGGCGAAUCGAUUAUCGUCGCCCCGAGCAUAAUGACCGGAAAUACUGACACUCGGUUCUACUGGAGGCUGUCUCCGCAUAUUUUCCGCUACAACCACUUCAACGCUGUGGGCAGAGAGGACCCUCUGGGUGGCAUCCAUACUGUCAAUGAAUUCACUGAAAUUGACGCCUUCUUGGAAGUGAUCCGUUUCUUUACUACCCUCAUUCUGAACGCAGACGAAUCGAAAUCUCUCUAG